AGUUGGAGGAUGGAAUUACCAGACUCAACACGAAAAUAUACUCGUGAAGAGCAGGCCCAGCUCCUCGCCAAUCUCGAGAUCGAGCUUGAACAUAAGACACGUCAAUUUGAAGAAUGGGCUGAAGAUGGAAUCCUGCAGUUCAGGAUGCGGCAGGAGGGGCUGAUCUCGCGCAUGCCCAAGCAACUCCGGAAUAUGUCCAUAUCUGAGUUCAUGGACAAGUAUGACGGCAAUGUACAAGCAGCGACUCUUGGCGUGCAGAGGGAGAAGAUGGUUGCGGACACAGAGGAGAUAGCGAGAAGUGUCAGGAAGAGGAAGUGGGAUACGGACGUUGAUGACCAAGGGGCAUCUAAGAGCGGGCUCGACGCAGAGCUUCUACGGGCGCGGAAGAACGCACGACUAGGGUUUACAACGCCCAAGAAAGCCGGCCCUUCAAAUGGUCCAGGUACGGCUCAGCGCAUGAAAGCUCAGAUGGGGCGAACACCCGGCACGGCGCGUUUCAAGCCUUCAGCACCAGCACCUUCCCCGAGCCCGUCCAAGACUACCCGGUUCGCCACAGGACCUACAACCAUCCCAUUCCCACAUUCCCGCCCCGCCUCGCCUUCCAAGUCUGUCGCAUUCGGACGCUCUACGCGACCACCUAGCAGCGCGGUGUUCAAUCCCUCCAUGCCACACAAAACCCCCGCUUACCCUCCUGCACCCCGGUGGCCCCGCAAGGGUGAACACCUGCUCAGUAUAAACGGUUCACCCCUGCAGAAUCCUCUAUGGGGAAGCAUGGACCCGGACGACAAGAUGGAGGGGCCUUCGAAUCCUCGCAAUGCCAUCAACGGACAUGGGCACGGGCAUAAACGCGUGAAUAGCAUCACGAUCUUGAAGACUUCCACAUCGAUGUCCUCCUCCAAAGGGGGACCCUCGCAUUCUCGCGCGAACUCGCGGGCAGACAACUUGCAGACGACCUGGAAGCCGCCUUCCUCAUCGCACGACAGCACUCGGACUCGAACUGACUCCGGAGAGUCGGAUCCCAUGCCCGCUACGCCAGUCCCUGCACGUGCUAUGGUCUCUGUUCCGAUAAGGGACGGCCGUGUUCUCCAGUUCGAUCCGUUAGAGGCCUCACCUGGCAUGCUGGACGAUCUCGAGGGUCUCACCGGGAGCGCGAAGAAGCAAGCGCGGGACGAGAUGGCCAAGCUCGUCAAGGCUGCGCUCGAUAAAUGGAAACUUGACUAAGAUGAAUCCUUUUAGACGCUGGACGUUCCCUUUGCUAUCCGAUAGCUGUAUCCUUAGUUUGUUCAUUCGCUUUCGACACUUUCCAUCUGGCAUACUGUCCUGGGACUGUAGAUGCUGCACACCACGAUAACCAUGAUAUGUAUUUGACUGACCAACUCAUCGAUAUCAUCCCGAGUAAUUGCAUACCGUACCAUGUGAUCUGAUAUUCACAGGACUGCAGAAUACGCUCACGAACCCAGUAUUCCUAC